AACAGUUGAUAAUCAGCGCAAACAUUUGGAGUGAGCAGAUUCCGAUGGAUGAACGGUGAAGUAGUUUUGGAGCGCGAAGCCAUCAAGCGCGGAGUUCGAAGAUAACAGCCAUGAAUUUCCAGGAGUGGUUACAGUUACUUCGAUCCAACAUGGGACUUCAAGUUUCCGAAUCAGAUCGGGCUGGAGACUGGUGUCCGCUGUCCCUGCCUUCAUCUUUCUCGCUGUCCUCUCUGUCCUCGUUGUCCCUGCUGGGUAUCGGAGCCCUUGCCUCGCUCACCGCAUACUGGCUGGUGACCCGUCCGCGGCCCAUGCGCCCUCCCUGUGACCUUCAGGCCCAAUCUGUCGCUGUGAAUGGGGAUCCCAGCUGCAGGCGAUCAGCUCUCCUUCAAGAUGACUCGCUCCUGGAGUUCUACCAUGAUGACACCAGGACGGCUUAUGACAUGUUCCAGAGAGGCCUGAGGAUUGCAGGUAACGCACCAUGUCUUGGCUUCAGGAAGCCAGGCCAACCCUACCAGUGGAUAUCCUACACUGAGGUGGCCGAACGAGCGCAGAUGAUGGGUUCUGGUCUGUUGGCUCGAGGCUGCAAGCCCAACCCGGAGCAAUUUGUUGGUAUAUUUGCACAGAACAGACCGGAGUGGGUCAUUACAGAGCUGGCCUGCUACACUUACUCCAUGGCCUUGGUUCCUCUUUAUGACACACUGGGGCUGGAGGCCAUGGUCCAUAUUCUCCACUUGGCGGAGAUCUCCCUGGUGGUGUGCGACCGUGAAGAGAAGGCCGCUUCCCUGUUGGAGAAUAAGGAGAAGGGCGUCACUCCCAAACUCUGCUGUCUGGUUCUCUUCGACGACUUCAGCGAGGCUUUCGCCGAGAGGGCCUGUGGUUGCCAGGUGGAGGUUCUCACACUGACACAGCUCAUGGAUCUCGGAAGGCAGAACCUCAAAGAGCCUUUGCCCCCCCAGCCUCAGGAUCUGGCCGUGGUUUGCUUCACCAGUGGAACCACAGGUCCUCCUAAUCAUCCCCUGCUCACAUCACGGCAGCGUUGCCCACAGGCGGCGUCUUUUACGACCCACGCUGGUUCUUUUGUCAUCCGACAAGAAGACGUUUCCAUUUCCUACCUGCCUCUGGCACACAUGUUUGAGAGGAUGAUCCAGGUAUCCAUGUUCUGCCACGGAGCUCGAGUGGGCUUUUACCAAGGGGACAUUUCCCUCCUGAUGGACGACAUCAAAACACUCAAGCCCACCCUCUUCCCCGUCGUGCCCCGUGUGCUGAACCGCAUCUACGACAAGAUCCUGGGCUCAGUGACGUCUCCGCUGAGGCGAGCUUUGCUUCACUUUGCAGUCAGGAGGAAGCAGGCCGAGCUCAGCAGCGGCCUCGUACGCAACAACAGUCUUUGGGAUAAACUGGUCUUCAACAGGAUUCAGUCCAACUUCGGAGGAAACCUGCGCUUCGCCCUGACCGCAUCGGCGCCCAUUUGCCCCAUGGUGCUCUCCUUUCUGCGAGCUACGAUGGGAUGUCUCAUUUUUGAAGGCUACGGCCAGACAGAGUGCACGGCGGGAUGCACCUUCUCCAUGCCGGGAGACUGGACGGCAGGACACGUUGGCGCUCCUCUGCCCUGUGCUACAGUCAAGCUGGUGGAUAUCCCCGACAUGAACUACUUUGCAAAGAAUGGAGAGGGAGAGAUCUGUAUCCGCGGUCCCAGCGUGUUCCGAGGUUACUUGAAGGACCCCGAAAGGACGGCAGAAGCUUUGGACAGUGACGGCUGGCUGCACAGUGGAGACGUUGGACAGUGGCUUCCAAACGGGACGCUGCGCAUCAUUGACAGGAAGAAACACAUCUUCAAGCUGUCGCAGGGAGAGUACGUCGCCCCGGAGAAGAUCGAAAACAUUUACACGCGCUGUAUGCCUGUGCUGCAGGUUUUUGUGCAUGGAGAUAGUUUACAGUCUUACCUGGUAGGCAUCGUUGUCCCCGACCGUGAGGUUUUCGUGGCCUGGGCUAAGGAGCGAGGGUUCGUGGACUCAUAUGAGGAACUGUGUCAAACUCCUGACGUAAAGAAGGCAGUUUUGGAGGACAUGAGAGAGAUUGGCAAGGAGGCGGGACUCAAAUCCUUUGAACAAGUGAAAGACCUCCACUUGCACCCCGAGACGUUCAGCGUGGCCAACGGCCUCCUCACGCCCACGCUGAAGAGCCGACGCGCCGACAUCCGACGCUUGUUCCAGGAGCAGAUAGCCAACAUGUACGGCAAGACGGCCGUGUGAGCAAAGACGAAACGUUGGAAACACCGGGGAAGUGCCUCAAUAUACAUUUUUGACUUCACUGUAGUUUACAGACAUCUGUUCAACAUUUAACGUGUACAUUGUUAUCUAAUGGGACCAAAAGCGUUGCUCUGCUGCCGGUGUUGUACUUUCAAAAAUGGCAAAACAAGUUUUUUUGUACCCCUCAGAGACACGUUGCGUUACUUGAUGUUCUUUUCUUCCAAGUUUAUCCAAGUCUCACUUGUAACAGGCGUUUGUUGUGCAUUUCCUCAAUUUGGUUUUAUAAACCUCACUUGAUCCAUUGAAAUCAAGCGACAGAGAUGUCUGCGAUGUAAAUACGGUUUUGCUUCUAAUAAGUGGACACUACUGACUCGUUUAGUGAAAUAAAAAGCAAAUACAAACAAGAUU